AUGAUAGCUCCACUUUCACGAUGGCUGUUACGGCUAGGCCGCCAAUCACCAUCACCUCCACGCAGCUAUCUGAACCAGAAUUUCGAGCAAAUAGGCGAGGGCCAAAUGAUUGAAGAGGAACAUUACCUGGUUAUUUCGCUGCACGGUUCUAUCCUUGUUCGCCGACAUGUUGCCUUGAAAGUCUUUAUUCGCUCCCGGUCCCUGAGCACCGAGGCUGAGCAUGAGCUUAACAUGUACAAGCGUCUGGAUCAAGGGUCAUCUAAGCACAGUGGUCGAGAUGCUCUUCGAAGACUAUCAGUCUCUUUUAAGAUUUCUGGACCAGAUGGAAAGCGCCAGUGCCUUGUCAAUUCCCCGUUGUGGCAUAAUAUGCGAACAUUUCUUGCCAUAAACCCUGCUGGCAGACUUCCAAAACCUGUCCUGUUGGCGACACUGCAACGUCUCUUCAUUGCCCUGGAUUAUAUGCACAACGAAUGUAAUCUUAUUCAUACUGAUGUUUCGGCCACCAACAUUAUGUUUGGCUUCAUAGAUGAUCUAGACCCGGCAUUCGCAGAGUUUGAAGAAGAAAAUAUUCGCAGUCCAUCCCCAAGAAAAGAAGUUGAUGGGAGAUUCAUCUAUGUCUCUCGAGAUCUAGGCCAACCUAAAGGACUUGGCCUACCGGUCCUUUGUGACUUGGGGAAUGUAGUAGAUGGGCAAGUAAAGCACAUUCGGGACAUACAGCCAGAUGUCUACAGAUCCCCUGAGAUGAUCCUAGGUAUAAGUUGGAGCUAUGGAAUUGAUAUCUGGAAUGUUGGUUUUAUGAGGGCGAGCGCACCUUCGAGAGAUGAUUUCUAUGCUAGCCCACCUCUAGAGCUCAUCGCGCGCGGCGGGCAUAGAGAAAAAUUCUUCACCGAAGAAGGUGUAUAUCUGGAAUCUUCGCAUAAGUCUUAA